AUGGAACAGAAAUUCAACGAGGCCAUCCAGCAGAUCUUUCAGAGAUGGACCACCUUAGCUCUUGCAACAGAACAAGGUUGGGGUGGCCGAGACUCCCUCGCGAAGGGAAGACGGCUACAAGCUGAGGUGGUUGACUAUCUCAGUGCUGGUUCCAGGAAGCGACGGCCCAUCAGCUGGGAGAAUCCUGGAGACGUGGAGGAGCUUGCUCACUUCCUCUACCUUCGCAUCGAUGAGCUCUUCAACACCGAGACGGAUGACGGCUCCACGACGGAAGUGGCCACACUUUGCCUGCGGCUUUUCAAUACUUGCCAUCAGGGCGACACAAGCUUUGCUGACCAAGUUCUUCAGGCCUGCAACUCCACCUCCAAGCCAGACCUGGCCAAGAGUCAGGGCUCUGAGCGCAUCGAGUACGCCACGGAGGAGGAUGAGCUUCUCGACAAGUUGGAUGGGAUGGAGAUUGAUGAGGCUCUCGCACCCAACGACGUGCUGAAACGACUUGCUGAACGGCUCCAACAGACUAUUCCCCAAAUGGACAUUUGUCAAAUCCUGCCCACUGUGGGUGGUUAUGCCAAGCGGGACAUCCCUGAGCCCGUUGUGGACGAGGAUGGUUUCACCUCAGUUGUGAAGGGCCGGCGGAAGCCGGGCGCCUUUGGCAAUCCGCAUGCCCAAGCGCAGCUUCCAAGUGGUUUGGUCCGGUCGAAGAGCCGGUGUUAUUGCACUGAGAGCUACGUGGACAAAGGACUCCAGGAGGAGGUGAGCCGAGAUGCUGUGCACAGCGUUUGGGAUCACUCCACACAGCCACAACUCACCCAGCGCACGGCCUGCACCCCGCGUUCCACCGCGGAGCUUGGAGCGCCCCGGAGCCCACGGAGCUCUGCGCUGACACGGCAGUCCUCGGAGUCGUUGAACUUGGUCGACAUCUUCGCGGAACUCGGCCCGAGCGGCGAGUGCAGCCCCAAUGAGGAGGAGUUGCUUCAAGAGAACUGGCUGGGUACUGCACGCAAGCGGGGCUCCCAGGAGCGACUGGGGCUCUUGAGCACAGGACUGUGGCGAUGGAUGCGCCGCAAGGUCGCGGGCAGCCGGUGCCGCUAUGUCUCCAACGGCUUCGACCUGGACUUGGCAUAUGUGACGUCGAAGAUCAUUGCCAUGGGCUUUCCUGGUAAAAGCUCCGGCGCCUGCUUUCGAAAUCCUCAGAGUGAGGUCCAGCGCUUUCUUCGAUGGGCGCACGGAGACGGCUGCUUCCGAAUCUACAACCUUUGUGCAGAGCGAAGCUUCAGGGAGAAUGGCUUUCCCGAUGAAACGAUCCACUUUCCGUGCGCGGAUCACUGCCCCCCACAGUUCUCGAAGAUACUCGAGUUCUGCCGGGAUGUAGAGGCCUGGUUGAAAGUGGAUGAGCGAAAUGUUGCUGCGAUUCACUGCAAGGCUGGCAAAGGUCGCUCCGGCACUAUGAUCUGUGCGUUGCUCCUCUACGCUGGUGCCGUGCUGUCCGCCCGCGACGCUCUCCGCUGGUUCGGGCACGUUCGUGGCGGCACACGCGCAGGAGUGACGAUCCCUUCGCAGAUUCGAUGGAUUGCUAUGUUCGAGACUUGGUUGGAGCAGGGCGUUCAGCUGCUCAGUGACCCCAUGGGCCCGUCCACUGGGCGCUACAGGCCUUGUGCCAUUCAGUUUAGCCACUUAGGGCUGGAGGGCCCUGUGAAAGUCAAGGUAGCGCUGGUGAGCCGUCAGGAUGGCAUCCCUCAGGCGGUGCAUCGCCUCUACCUUCAGCUGUCCACCUGCAACGAUCUUUUGCACUUCACGGCGCCCUGGUGGAACGAGGCCGAUGGGAUGAUGUCUUUGACCUUGGAGGUGUCCCGUCGGACUUGGCACGCGGGGCUCCUGAAUCGGAAGUUGCGCAUGAAAGCUUGGUGGCACCACGCCUUCUUGGAGCGGCAGAUGGUGGACGAUAGGAGGAUUUUGCUUCUGGACUUGCCGAAGGCAUGCGUGGAUGGGCUACAGCGCGAUGCAGGCCGGCACGCCUUGACGCCGGCAGACUUUCGAAUCACAAUCCACUUUGAGGAUGAGUAG